AUGGCCGAGUCCCCCGUCUGCUGCUCCACCUGGACCCGCUGCCUCCGCUGCCUGUAUAGCUGCCACUGGAGGAAGUGCCCCAAAGAGAGGAGGAAGAGCGGCCAGUGCGAGUGUUUCUGGUUGGGCCUGCUCUUCCUCACCUUCCUUGUCUCCCUGGGCUGGCUGUACGUCGGGCUCAUCCUCCUCAAUGACCUGCACAACUUCAAUGAAUUCCUGUUUCGCCACUGGGGGCACUGGAUGGACUGGUCCCUGGCAUUUAUGCUUUUCGUCUCUCUACUGGUCACAUAUGCAUCCCUGCUAUUGCUCCUGGCUGUGCUGCUGCGGCUCUGUGGACAGCCUCUACACCUGCACUGUGUCCACAAGGUGCUGCUGCUCUUCAUUAUACUUCUUGUAGCCGCUGGCUUUGCAGUACUGGGCAUCCAAUGGCAGGAGGAGUUGCUUAGCUUACAUCUGUCACUACAGGCCACAGCCCCAUUCCUUCACAUUGGAGCUGUUGCUUGCAUUACCAUCCUGGCCUGGCCUGUGGCGGAUGCCUUCUACCGUAUCCACCAAAGAGGUCAGAAGAUUGCACUACUGUCCCUAUUUUUUGGAGUUGUCCUGGCCAUCUACCUGUCCCCCCUAUGCAUCUCCUCACCCUGCAUCAUGGAAUCCAGAUACUUACCGCCCAAGCCUCAGCUGAUGGGGCACCGAGGGGCCCCCAUGCUGGCCCCUGAGAACACUCUGAUGUCCCUGAGGAAGACAGCUGAAUGUGGAGCUUCCGUGUUCGAGACCGACGUCAUGGUCAGCUCCGAUGGGGUCCCCUUCCUCAUGCACGACGAGCGCCUGAGCAGAACCACGGAUGUGGCCUCGGUGUUUCCAACCCGCAUCACCGAGCACAGCAGUGACUUCUCCUGGACGGAACUGAAGACACUCAACGCCGGGGCCUGGUUUCUGGAGAGGCCACCCUUCUGGGCGGCCAAGAAGCUGUCGGGCCCUGAUCGGAAAGAGGCUGAGAAUCAGAGAGUACCAACAUUGAAAGAGCUCUUGAAGGAAGCUGCAGCCCUCAACCUCUCCAUUAUGUUUGACUUGCGUCGCCCCCCAAGAAACCACACAUACUAUGACACUUUUGUGAACCAGACAUUGGAAACUGUGCUGAACUCAAGGGUGUCUCAAGCCAUGGUCCUUUGGCUCCCGGAUGAAGAUCGGGCUAUUGUCCAAGAACGGGCACCCGGAAUGCGCCAGAUAUACGGACAGCAGGGAGUCAACACAACUGAGAGGCCCCUGCUUCUCAACCUCCCCUAUCAAGACCUGCCACAGUUGGAUAUGAAGGCACUGCAUGAGGAUAAUGUUUCGGUGAACCUAUUUGUAGUGAACAAGCCCUGGCUCUUCUCCCUCCUCUGGUGUGCAGGGGUGAAUUCGGUCACCACCAACGACUGCCAGCUGCUGCAGCAGAUGCGUUACCCCAUCUGGCUUAUUGCCCCUCAAACCUACCUAAUGGUGUGGAUCCUCACCAAUUGCGUCUCCGCCCUGCUGAUUUUGUGUCACUUCAUCCUCCGUGGGAGAUGUGCUGAGAAGAGAGAGCGAACUGGCUUAGAAACAGCUGUGUUGCUGACCAAGAUCAACAAUGUCAGGAGGGAGUGAAUGCCCUGCCCUAGGCCCCCACUAGCUGUUCACAUCUGCCAACAGCAAGGAAGGGAGAAUGGCUGAGGUGGAAUGUUGGUGGUAUUG